AAAUGUGGUAAAACAAUAAGUUUUUAAUGUAGGCAGUAGGUGUGUGGGUGGUCAUCAUACUAGUCUUUAUAGUACUUUCUCUGUGUUAAAAAAGCUACGUAGUAAACAUCUUUAAAAUAUCUGAAAUUUGAACUUGACGGUUUCAAUAGGACUUUGGAAUCUACUUCAGUAAAGUAUAUAAUAAUUUUUAAAAAUUAAAAGGACAAAACAAUAUGCUGGGUAAAUACUAAGUAAGAACUGGUACACUUGUAACUGUGGGCCCUCCAGGACCAGUUCAACUGACCCCAUCUCUUGUCAAUAGAUUAAGAAUUGCGUUCCAGAAAAUUUGCAAAGUCACGUAGCCAGAGCAUACACAGAAGAAGGAAUCUUGAAAUGACCACAGAACCAAAGAUUCUCCUCCCCACGGAUCCAAAGGACCAGGCCGUGACUGGAAGUUAAAAGUCGGACUCUUUUCAGAAGUGAGGGAUCCCUCAUUCAGGAAGAUCUGAUGUUAAAAUUCCUUCCCCUCCUCAUCAUCAAUGUUCAGAACCCUGUCCUAAAUGUUUCAAACCUUACCAUAAAUGCUUGAAGCCCACCAAUCAAAACCUGCCCCACCAGCAUUUCUGUGUGCCAGCAGGUUCUCCCUAACCUCUUAAGUUUCACCCCAAAUCCUGAAUCAGGAAGAGAGAUCUCCCUCUGUCUCCCUGAAGAUCAAUCUUGCAGAAUAAAGCUUUCUCCCUCAAGAGCUGAUGCCAUAAUUAAUUGGUUUUUAAAUGCACAUCGGGCAAGGAAACUCCAAUUUCGUGUGGUAACAAUUUGGUGACAAAGAAGGGACAAGGUCCUGUGACCGCCUGCCCGAGGCUCUGGAACACUCAGCAGGGUGUGAGGUCUUUUCCUUGACCCUAAGUAGCUGCCAACACAACUUUUUCUGGACACUCAGCUGAUCAGAUGCUUGUUUCCCUGUUGCGGUGCUCCAGACCCCAAGGCAUUUUUUUUUCUUUUGGGAGAAGAUACAGCUCCUGUAUCAAGAUGUCUCUGGGCUCUGGAGUGGAGGAAGGCAAGUACUUCUCUCUUUGUCCCACUGAAGCGAGAGGAAACUGGAGUGGAGCUGCUGACAGAGGCUGAGUCUCCACUGGGGCAAGACCGCAUUGCUGUGAGAGUGGCUGGUCUACAGAGAUGCCUUAAAUCCUGACUAGUUGUCCAGUCUUGUUCCAGUCCACCUGUAUCCUGACCAUAAAGCUCUCUUUUUUUAAGAGCCUAGAGAAGGGACAGAGGGAAAACGAAACUGAAAAGGAAUAGAAGGCUGGACAUACAGAUGGCAACACACAGACGCAGUCUUGACACAAGGAUGGCUCCGACAAAACCGAGAUUAAGACUUGGAGACCUGAUUGAGAUUUCUCGCUUUGGCUAUAAGCACUGGGCCAUCUACGUGGGAGGAGGCUAUGUGGUCCACCUGGCUCUCGCAGAUGACAUCGCGGGAGCUGCUGCCUCCAGCAUCAUGUGCACCCUGACUGAGAAGGCCAUAGUGAAGAAGGAACUGCUGUGUGUCGUGGCCGGGAGGGACAAGUACCAGGUCAAUAACAAACACGAUGACAAGUACCGGCCGCUGCCUUCCAACAAAAUCGUCCAGCGGGUGGAGGAGCUGGUGGGGCAGGUGUGGCCCUACUCGCUCACCAGCGAGAACUGCGAGCACUUUGUGAACGAGCUGCGCUACGGAGUCUCCCGCAGCGACCAGGUCACUGAUAUGGUCACGGCAGUAGGUGUGACAGCAGGCGUCCUAGCGGUAGGCCUGGCUGCCGCAGGCCUCAUCGGGAUCCUGAGGACCAGAAGCAAGCGGGAAAAGCAAUAAGGCCAAGGAAUUGCCCUGAGAGCAGCCCGUUUUAUGGAGAAAUCUGGCUUGGCCAGCAGGAAUGGAGUUUGGUUUAUUGAUUUCACUCUUUGUGAUCAUUUAGAUUUAUUUUAAUGGAGCUAAAUAAAAGUGCUGGAAGGUUUUAUUUGGGGAAAUGCGGGCUAGCGUGAACUCUAUUGAAGACACAGUUGGGCUCUGGUAUGGACUGAACGUUUGUGUCCCCCCAAAUUCAUGUUGAAGCCCCAACCCCCAAUGCAAUGGGACCUGGAGGCGGGGCCUUUGGGGGAUAAUUACCAUUAGGUCAUGAGGAUGGGGCCCCCAUGACGGGAUUAGUGUCUUUAUAAGAAGAAGUGGAGAGACCAGAGUGCACUUGCACUCUCUCUCUCUCCCUUUCUCUCUCUCUCUCUCUCUCUCUUUCUCUCUUUCUCUCUCUCCCCCCUCCAUGUGAGGACACAGGGAGAAGGCAGCCAUCUGCAAGCCAGGAAGAGGGUCUUCCCAGGAACCAAAUCUUGAUCUUGGAAUUUUCUGCGCCCAGAACUGUGAGAAAUAAACGUCUGUUGUUUAAGUGA